AUGAGAUAUGCGGAAGUUAUUAUAGGACCGCCUGGGAGUGGAAAAUCCACCUAUGUCAUGAGCAAGAAGGCAUGGCUUUCACAUAGAAACCCGUAUAUAAUAAACCUUGACCCAGGGAACUGCAAUGACAAGGAGUUUGAUUAUUCGAUAUGCUCCAUUUCACCAUCCUUAAUGUAUCAGGAAAGACACAACGUCGGGCCUAAUAUGUCUACAAAGUGUAUUUUGGAAGAAUUCUAUACAAGAAUCGACGAAUUCUUUCAAGAAAACAUUGAGGGCACGGAUCAUUACAUUUUGCUUGACUUUCCAGGACAGGUGGAAUUCUUCAUAUCCAGUGACAUUCCCAAUAGUAUAAUUGGAUAUCUUAAGAGUAAUGGAUAUUCUGUGGUCGUUGUCAAUCUUGUUGAUCUUGUUUUCUUUUCGAACGACCAUUCAUUGAUUUCAUCGUAUUUUAUUUCCACACUAUGUUUGUGUCUUCUUGAGUCAGCCCAGAUUAAUGUGAUCAGUAAAUGUGACAACUGGAAAAAGCUUGGAUUGAAAUAUUCUCUGGAAGAUAUUGCAUCAUUGGAGUGCUUAGAGGAGAUGGAAAAGAAAAAGAAGAUACAUGAGGAAAUGGCUUCAUUUGUUCUGAACCAAGGGUUGUUGGCCUAUGAAGUCCUGGAUUAUGACAAUCCCGACUCUGUCCUGAACCUUCAGGUCGCCAUAGACAAAGCAAGCGGAUUGUUUUUCGAGGACGAUUACUUUGCCACAGAAAAAAUAACAAGGAUUUCUUCAAAAGAUGAUGUGUUUUCAAGAUACAGACCAGAGUAA